AUGCAGUUCUCCAUCGUCCUCGCUGCCCUCGCUGCCACCGCCUCGGCCCAGUACGCCGCCAACAGCACAUCCACCUCUGCCUCGGGCACAGGCGCCGUCUCCGUGCAGCCCAGCGGCACCGGCGGCAGCACGCCCAAGCCGACCGGCAGCACUACGCCCUUUACGGGCGGCGCGAGCCAGCUGACGGGCUCAGCGCUGGGGCUGAUUGUCGCCGGCGGCGUCGCGCUGAUGUUGUAA